CCUUAAAGAAAUACAAGAUUUAUGAAAAAAAAGAAAAAAACCAAAAAGUUUCUAUUUCUACAAUUCGUCAUGCUUUAAAAAAAUGUGGUCUUAAAUCAUGUAUUGCACGACCAAUAGUUCCUAUCCGUAGUACUAUAAAUGGUGAAGUUUAUACUAGACUUAUAAGAAGACAUGCUAUUUUUGCUAUAGGUCAAUUAGUACCUAAUGGACAAG